AUGACCACCCAGAUCUGUAUCCCGACCUUCUCCACCGGGUCCAUCAAGGGCCUUUGUGGCACAGCAGGUGGCUUCUCACGGGUGUCCUCCAUCCGUUCCGCCGGCUCCUGCAGGGUCCCCAGUCUCACCGGUGCUGCAGGGUCUGUCUCCUCCAUCAGGCUGGGCCCCUCCAGCCUUGGGAGCUACUUGCCCAGCUCCUACUUGUCUGCUGGGUACCACCACCCCUCUGGCUUUGCCGGGAGUGGGUUCUUCUUUCGCGAGGGCUCCUUUAAUGGCAGUGAGAAGGAGACCAUGCAGUUUCUGAAUGACCGCCUGGCCAGUUACCUGGAGAAGGUGCGUCAGCUGGAGCGGGAGAACGCGGAGCUGGAGGGCCGCAUCCGGGAGUGGUACGAGUCUCAGAUCCCGUAUAUCUGCCCAGACUACCAGUCCUACUUUAAGACCAUCGAGGAUUUCCAGCAGAAGAUCCUGCUGACCAAGUCUGAGAACGCCAGGCUGGUCCUGCAAAUUGAUAACGCCAAGCUGGCUGCCGACGACUUCCGGACCAAGUACGAGACGGAGCUGUCCCUGCGGCAGCUGGUGGAGGCUGACAUCAAUGGGCUGCGCAGAAUCCUGGAUGAGUUGACCCUGUGCAAGGCUGACUUGGAGACCCAGGUCGAGUCCCUGAAGGAGGAGCUGAUGUGUCUUAAGAAGAACCACGAGGAGGAAGUCAGCGCACUCCGUUGCCAGCUUGGGGACCGACUGAAUGUGGAAGUGGAUGCUGCACCCCCAGUGGACCUCAACAAGAUCCUGGAUGACAUGAGAUGCCAGUAUGAGACCCUGGUGGAGAACAAUCACAGAGACGUGGAGGCCUGGUUCAACACCCAGACAGAGGAGUUGAACCAGCAGGUGGUGUCCAGCUCGGAGCAGCUGCAGUGCUGCCAGACGGAGAUCAUUGAACUGAGACGCACGGUCAAUGCCCUGGAGAUUGAGCUGCAGGCCCAGCAAAGCAUGCGGAAUUCCCUGGAGUCCACCCUGGCGGAGACAGAGGCCCGCUACAGCUCCCAGCUGGCCCAGAUGCAGGGCCUGAUCGGCAACGUGGAGGCCCAGCUGGCCGAGAUCCGCUGUGACCUGGAGCGGCAGAACCAGGAGUACCAGGUGCUGCUGGACGUGAAGGCCCGGCUGGAGAACGAGAUUGCCACCUAUCGCCGCCUGCUGGAGGGAGAGGACUGCAAGCUUCCAGCCCACCCUUGUGCCACGGAAUUCAAGCCUGUUGUCAGAGUUCCUUAUGUCCCCUCUGUGCCCUGUGCCCCAGCUGUGCCCUGCACUCCGGUGCCGCAGGGCAGCACUCAGGUCCGCACUAUCACCGAGGAGAUCAGAGACGGGAAGGUCAUCUCCUCCAGGGAGCACAUGCAGCCCCGCCCGUUGUGAUCAGCCCACACACCCACACGGCCCACCAGGCCAGGGCCUGGACCACAGGAAGGAGGACACCCCUGUGGCUCCCGGCUGCUGAAUGACCCUUCCCCUCCCUAGAGGGGUCCUCCCCACCCCGCUUAGCAGGCUUUUCUACCAAAAUAUUUCUUGUGUUUCUGGACUUAAUGGUGCUUUUAUGGCAUGCAAAACCAGGUUUCCUGGAAAUGUACUCAGUAAUAAAGUGUGUUCUCUUGGCAUAGCAAACU